UUUUCACCUCCUCGCCAUGGUCCAUUGAGAAUAAUAUCGGUCCUUCCUGGACUAGGGCAUGAACGUGCAGAGUUGUCAGUCGUUUGCAGCGGAGGGGACAGACGUGAAUGGCAGCAGCUGGGGUGCAGACAUGCACCACGUAGAUGAGCUGAUACGCUUCGGACAGCCUGCUCUGUAUGGGGACGGAGAGUGAGAGCAUGCUGCAUCUCGCAGCAGAGGCUUUCAAGUCGAAAAACUUCGACCUGGCCGCGGACAUCUACGAGUGCCAGCUGGCGUGUCUCGGAGAUCCGCAGAGCCGGCGGGAGCUGAUGGUGAAGCGGGCUGACGCGCUCGCGUUCGGGGGGAAAUUCACGGAAGCGUUUGAUGUGUACCGGCAAGCCUCGGAGAUAGAGAGGCUGAGACCCACUCACCUGGCCAACCUCAUAGAGUACCUGUCGGGUACUAUACGGAGGCAAGACGAGGGUGAGAGGCAACGGGGCAACCCGUGUAGGGCAAAGGAGGCAGGUGCAACUGUAUGCCCGAGAGCGGGUGCCACAGGUUGCGGGUAUGAAGACUUCUCCUGCCGGAUAUGCCUGAGCUUUCUGUUCGAGCCGGUGACUCUGACGUGCGGUCACUGCUUUUGUAAAAAGUGUCUGGAGAGGGAGAGGAAAGAGAAAGAGCGACCGGUGGUGUGUAAGGAGUGUAAGAAUGUCUCAGCAGUGAGCGACAGCCUAGGUCUCAGGGUGAAUGUGGUCCUCAGCAACCUGCUGGCCAAGUGGUUCCCCACCCAGUACCAGGCCGGCCAGCUGAGGCGGGAGGGCAACGCACUGUACGCCGAGAAAAAGAUGGAAGCUGCCCUGGAGAAGUAUAACCAAGCAAUACUCGCAGCACCAACAGACCACAUACUGUUUAGUAACCGCUCCCAGAUCCACUCGAGCCUGAAACGACACGAAAAGGCUCUGAUGGACGCUGAGAUGGCCUGUAGACUGAUGCCUCACUGGUCCAAGGGUCACGUUCGCAAGGGCCAGGCCCUGGUGUCAUUGGGCAGGAGUGAGGAGGCUCUAAGAGAGUACCUAGUGUGUCUGUCCAUAGAGCCUGACUGUAAACUUGCUAAGACUGAGGCUUACAAGAUCCUGAGUGAUCUGCUGGCUCCAGUCAGAGAUCAGGUCCCUGAACACAUCUCUGACUACACCAAUAUACUGUCUUCCAGAGCACACAUCAAAAACAGCAUCGGUGCUCCCUUCCAUACCCUUAGUCCCGGAUCACUGUCUCCAGAGUCUUAUCUUACCUCGACUCUCCCUGCACCAGAGAGGUCACCAAAGGAGAAUCAAAGCAAAUGUCAGGGGAGGACAGAGGUCGGGAGGUUUGACCAGUGCUUCCUUACCAAACGGAAACGAAGGAUUUCAGAAGAGGAGGCAAAGGUGGAACUUCAGGGGAAGAACAACGAUCACAAGAGAUCCAAAUCUGAGCCAAACGAGGAGCCGGAAUAUUUGAGCUCUGUGGAUGACGACCUCUUUGACCCCGCAGAUCUGGAGUGUCCUCUUUGUAUGAGACUGUUCUAUGAACCAGUGACAACACCGUGUGGGCACACUUUCUGUCUUCAGUGUUUGGAGAGAUGUCUGGACCAUAACCCAAAGUGUCCCCUUUGUAAAGAGGAUAUGUCUGAGUAUCUGGUCCAGAGGAAAUACUGUAAGACGGUAAUAACUGAGAACCUGAUAUCGAAGUAUCUUCCCUCUGAGCUCAUGGAAAGACAGAAAAUCCACCUGGAGGAAAUGGCUGAGCUCUCCAAUCUUAACAAGAAUGUGCCUAUAUUCGUGUGCACCAUGGCCUUCCCUACUGUGCCAUGCCCUCUCCAUAUCUUCGAGCCCUGCUACAGACUGAUGAUUCGCCGAUGCAUGGAGACGGGUACCAACUGCUUUGGCAUGUGUCUGGGAGAUGACCUCAAAGGGUUUGCCGACUACGGGUGCCUACUGGAGAUCCGCGAUGUCAAGUUCUUCUCCGACGGCCGCUCGGUUGUGGACACGAUAGGCAAACGGAGGUUUAAAGUAAUUCAGCACAGCGAGAGGGACGGCUACAACACAGCUGACAUAGAGUACCUGGAAGAUGUUAAGGUGGAGGGCGUAGCAGAGCGCGAGCUGCAGUGUCUGCAUGACGUGGUGUACGAGCAGGCCGUGUAUUGGGUCAACUCUCUGAAAGCUGAGCAGAAAGCUCGCAUUGAAGGCCACUUCGGACCAAUGCCUGACAAAGACUCUGAACUUCAGGCCAGCCCUAACGGUCCCUCGUGGUGUUGGUGGUUACUAGCAGUUCUUCCUUUAGAGGGCCGAGCUCAGCUACCGUUCCUCGCCCUCACGUCUCUGAGAAACCGUCUCAGCGGCAUCCGCAAGGUGCUGCUCUUCAUGUCGCAGAACAGGAGCCGGUGACGCGCGCGGCUGACCCUAAAGCAGCAGUUGACCUGCUGUUCUUCCUUUUUGAUGCACAAAGAACUGACGCUGAAGGCGUCGCACCUUCCCCGUUCCCCGCCGAUGUCAUCCAAGCAUCAACAGCAAACUUUAACUAAGCAACAGUUGAGAUAACUUGGAUCUGAAUGAAUAACAGACGCCUUCCGUCAUCACUUUCACAGAGCAGCAGUCCUGGCAGACCCACAAACUCGAGCUGUGUUCAGACAGAUCGGGGAGUCUGGCAUCACAAUUGUCUGUUUAAAACCAUCAGUCGUCACGCUGUUACAUCACUGUAGUUUGUUGAUCAUAUGCACAUGCUAGGUGUACUUUUUUGGUUUGUUUUUUUUGUGUAUAAGAAAAAGCUGCUGUGCUGCGAUCUCUUAAUCUGCCCAGAUUGCUACUCUCACCUUUCUGUCUGUCUGCCAUGUUUGCAGUUCUCUGCUCUUCCUUUUGCCACACUUUGCAGUUUGGUCAGAGCGUCUUCUAAAAAGAUUUGUCAGAAAAACCCAAUACGAGUGUCAUAUAUGUGCUUCCUGUCUGAACAUCGCCUACAGAGCAAAGACAAAUGAUCCUCCCAACGAAACAGCCUGCAAAUCAAAUCAUAGCUGGACAUGGCGAGUCAUUUAACCGACCAUGUUUGUCUUUAAGUGUACAAAUGAAGAAAGAUAAAACCUUAAUAUGAAUAUGAAAAAUGUACUCUCCCUACAUAAUAUACUCUGUUUACUUCAACUACUCUCUUACCACCUUUAGUGUAUCUUGCAAUAAUUAGUCCAUCAGCUCUUCCGUCUUUCCUUCAUGGCUCCUCCCUUCUUCCUCUCUCAUUCAAACGAAUAACAAGAGAAUCAGCUUUUACGUUGGUGUGCUUUAAAAGCUUUUUGUUCUUGUUUUAUUCAUUUUUUUGUAUGUUUUGACAUUGAUUUCCGUUAUUUAUUCAUAGUUUUUAUUUAUGCAUGCAGUGACGUUGUUUACAUUUCACAAAAAGAGAGCUGCUCACGUUC